CCCCACACCCACCACUCUCCUACUUGUCCACCUCCCUCUUGCUCCGGUCAACCCUGCGUCAGGGCCGAUCUCCGCCAGCCAUGUCGCCCGACGACGUGUCCCGGAAGUCGCCCGUGCCGCCGCCGUCCCCGCCGCCGAUGGACUCGUGGGCUCGGGGAGGGCGUCGCUCCAGGCGCCGUGGCGGCAGCGGCAGCGCCAGCUCUGGCGGCGGCGUCGAGUCCGAGGAGGAGUACCUGGCGCUCUCCCUCCUCAUGCUGUCCCGCGGCGUCCGCGGCGAGGUCGAGGACGGCGGCAUCGGAGGCGUCAAGGGCUUGGGAGCGGCGCCGACCAAGGCGCAGGGGUACGGGUGCUCCGUGUGCGGCAAGGUCUACGCGUCCUACCAAGCGCUAGGCGGCCACAAGACGAGCCACCGGAAGCCGCCCACGCCGCCAGCGGCGUCGGCGGGCGGCGACGAGGCGUCCGGCGGCGCCCCCGUGGAGGCCAAGGUGCACCAGUGCUCGCUCUGCCACCGCACGUUCCCGUCCGGGCAGGCGCUGGGCGGGCACAAGCGCCUGCACUACGAGGGCGGCGCCGCGGCCGACGGGACCGGCAAGGACAAGGAGGCCGCCAAGGCGAAGGCGGCGGCGCUGCUGAGGGACUUCGACCUGAACCUGCCGGCGUCGGGGGUGGCCGGGGACGAGGCCGAGAGCCCGCCCCCGGAGGCGAAGAGGGCGAGGCUGAUGCUACUAGCAGUCUGAUCGAUCACUGAUCACUGGCGGCUGAGGCGGCGGCGCGGGAUUUAGGUUUUUGAUUGAUGGUUUUAGGAGGGAAUUCCUCUCUAGGUUUCGAUUGUUAUUUGGUUGGUUCAAUUCGUUCUGGCCCCGGAUUGGAAUUGCAUGCGGUGUUGAUAUGGUAAGCGCUUAGCGCUUAGCGCUGGCGUGGCUGGCUGGUAAUGGCAUACCAAAUUUGCUUACCUGUCCAUAUUUUUUACUCCGGCCGUUGGAUAAAUAAUCCGGCGGCUGGCUGGGAAUGGGAUAGGACUUGCUUUGUAAGCCCGUGAGCAAAAAAUAUAGAAACUUUUGUUCUUUCCUUUUU